AUGACCACUAUCAUGGAUGGAGAUACUAAGCCGGCCCUUGCCAGAGCCGGAUUGAAGGCCUCAGUCAUACAUGUUCAAGACGAUAUCUUGAUCGCCAGUUGUGACAUUGACGCCGGUAACCGGGCGUUUAUUAUCGUCACUGAUAUUCUACAGCGACGUGCUGGUUUUAUCGUCAAUUGCGUCAAGCCCCAACCUCCUGGGAAGGUCGCUGGCUUCUGUGGUCUCCAACUUUGUGCGAAGAUCUACCGGCCUACGCCAAGCCGCAGGGAGUUUACUGAAGCCACCUACACUCUGGCUCUAAAUGACUCCAUCAACUGUAAUCCCAACAGAGGCAAAAGAGGUAAGAAGAAAGUUGCUACCACGGGCAAUCAACUGAGGGACCGUCGUCUACAGUGGCUCAGAAGCUGGUGUGGUGUCCUCAACUAUGUCCAUCUCUCCCUGGAGGCUCAAGAUGCUCUCAAUCAGCUAUACUCCGUUACCAAGAUCUAUCAAAACGAUGAUUCUUGUACUGAGGACUUGCAUGCUACAAUCGACACUGUCUCAUCAGCCUUCCGUGGAUUGUCUGACUUGUACCUCAAUGCAGUGAUACCGUGUGCAAAUGAUUGGAAAUGA